GGGGUCCCUUCCCUCGCGUGCAGGAUGCCUGGGGGGCGGCCCUCGGAGGCGGGGCGGAGGUGCUGCGGCGCGCCCCGAGUUGCUGCUAAGUGACUCCGAGAGGGAGGCGGCGGGACCCGUGCACGGACUGCGGACGAGGGGCGCCGAGCCAGGAGCGCGGGAGUCUUGUGGGGGACACCGGCCGAGCCCCGAGUCUUCCCUCUUUCCGCCCCGAGCAACCCGAGCAACUACUCCGCCUCCGAGACCCUCAGCGAUCAGCGCCGGGGAGCCCGGGCGGUGCGUGACCUGGAGAGCCGAGGCCGCGACCCCGAGGUGGAGCGUCGGAGCCGUCACCUCUCCCGGGAGAGCAGGGGGCGGGCGGGGAGCGGGAUGUGCGAGCGCGCGCGCGUGUGAGCGGCGACGCCGGGCGAGAGGAAAGUCUUCGCUCGGGGUUAAAAGCAAACAAAUCAGAGAUGGAAUAAGCGCGGUAAUUGCAGCGAGCCCGCCUGGAUCUCCGCAGUCGGGAGCGGAGCGCAGCCCGCGAGGACGCAGGCGGCCGGAGCGAGCGCUGCCGGGGCUGCGGGACCCGCGCUCCCUCGCUCCUGCCUGAGCGGAUCCUGUGAUCACUUUGACAUUGUGCGGUGGAGAAGAGGGGCGCGAUCGGGCGCCGCGCUCCACCUUGCGCUGGCUUCGGGGAGACUCCAGUUUGCAUGAGAAGAGAUUCCUGAACCCUCGUUGCCAUCGGAGCUGGAAACACACUCGCGCGCGCGCACACACGCACGGUCAGGGCCACACUCAGCCCGCCACGAGCACACACCGCCCGGCUCCGCGUCCCUAUGCCCCUGGAUGGUGACGGCGGAUUGGCAUCCUGGAAGCGAUGCGAGAGCGAUAGGGCUGGCGCCGGCCCGAGGAAGCUGCAGGGACCUCGCUAGGUGUUGCCGCCUCCGGGAAUCCCGGCUGCAGGAUGAAUAAGAGAUACUUACAGAAAGCAACAAAAGGAAAACUGCUAAUAAUAAUAUUCAUUUUAACCUUGUGGGGGAAAGUUGUGUCCAGUGCAAAUCAUCAUAAAGCUCACCAUGUUAAAACGGGAACUUGCGAGGUGGUGGCGCUCCACAGAUGCUGUAAUAAGAACAAGAUAGAAGAACGGUCGCAAACAGUCAAGUGUUCCUGCUUCCCUGGGCAGGUGGCUGGCACCACACGAGCGGCUCCCUCUUGUGUGGAUGCUUCCAUAGUGGAGCAGAAAUGGUGGUGUCAGAUGCAGCCAUGUUUGGAGGGAGAAGAAUGCAAAGUUCUCCCGGAUCGGAAAGGAUGGAGCUGUUCUUCCGGUAAUAAGGUGAAAACAACUCGGGUAACCCAUUAACCAAGGAUAAAUCACGUGAUCCUCUCCGGCUGAUUACACUGAAACUUAACUCCUGAGAUGAGUUUGAAGAUUUUUAUACUGCUCAGCAGAGGCGCCCUAGAGUCUAUUUCCAAGAGAUUCUAUGGCUCCUUACCACUCUCUUCUUGAGAACAAGACAUUUAAAAAGUCAGACAUGAACUUCUCUAUCAUAAAGACUUCAUCCGGUUGGAACUGUGCUCAGCUUGUAAAGUUGCUGAGAGGAUUUGAAGUCACUGGCUGAAUCGCUGGCGGAGCAUUGUUUUCAGGGCGACGUCAGAGACAGUCGCCUUUUGGCUUCCUGGCUCCAAGCUGUGGCCGGUUUCCUUGUUCUGCAAACUGUCUCCAAGUGCACUGUCCUCUUGUCAUGGAUGUGUUCCUGGGUCCUUUGUUCUUUGGCUAGUGAGACUAUACACAGCUUCGACAGCAUUUCCUUUGUGAGAUUCUCUGGCAUGGCAUAGACUGAGACAAUUUUCUUUGUAUCCUAAUCUUGGAGCUCUGAAAGCCUACUGUUUUAACAUCUUGAAGUUGCUUUUGUCAAAGGAAUGGAAAUAUAUAUUCAUUGAUAAUAAUUAUUGUUGGCAAGUAAUAGUAACCUGAAUACAUCAAUCAUAUAAGAAUGUAUAGACAAGCUGACGUGUUUCCCCAAGGCUAACAUGUUGCUUCAGCUCUCUAUCAGUUAGAUACGUACUAGUUAGAACUGGAUUGCCAUUUUCAUCAUAAAAUAAUUUGCACCUCCCUUUCAGUUGAUUUGCUUUUGUAAAGUGGGCUUUUUUUUUUGUAUGUGCGUUUAUUUUUCCCCCCUUCACAGAAAUCAGCAACGAGGAGCAGUCAAGUUAUUAUUAGGUAGCCUUCAGUUUAAAAUUGCCGGGGAUGCAUGUGAGAUUCUGAUUUCUUAGCCUGAAUGUUAUUCGCUUAGAUUUCUUCUAGUAUUUUUUUCAACUAUCCUUUCUUUCUAUUUUGUUUUCAAAGACUGAUCCCUUGCUUGAUCCUGAUGACUGUCUGAAUGCUUCUAUAUUUGUUCAGUCUGUUGAUAGAAUAAGUUGUUCAUUCUUCUUGCUCACAAGUUUAUAAAUAUUUGUUCCCUUCAAACAAUCUUUAGGCCAGUAUUUUGUCCACAUGUUUAUGGCUUUAACAUCUGUGACUUUUGGUUCUACAGAAAAGUCUUAUCAAUAUUUAAAGGCCUUAAGCAUUUAUGUACUUUUUUCUAAGUUAUUACAGAAUGUAUAAUUUUAUACUACAUUUAUUUUGUUUCAUUUGUGAUGCAGAUGGAAAGAAGAAUAGAAAUAACAUCCCUGUUCUGUAAUAAUAUUAUGUAAAUCUAUGGGUGGAAGGAAUGUGAAGGGAAGGAUUUUGUGUGUCAUUGACUUUAGACUGAUGAGAAGACUCUUUAGAAAGUGUCCUAUGCAAGUUCCAUCCUGCUGGGGGUGGGGGUGUGAGGAUGUCUUACAUUCUUAGAACUCCCUGACAUGGCCUGUUAGUCUUAGGUGGAUUUCUGUGAUGAAGGCCCAUCUAUCCUGGGUCUAUUUGUUUGUAAUCAUAUUCAAAGACCAAUGCAUUACCCAGACUCUACAAGGAAGAAUGAUGAAAAGUGUAAAAUUUGUUGAAGACCAAUGUGUAAAGUGUACUUUUGACAUUGAACUAAGAUCUAUUGACCCACAAGUCUGUGGAAUGAAAUUACUUCCUGCCUCUGUUUUAAUUAUGCAUACAACUAAUUAGAUGGCUCUGAGUGGAUUUUGCAGUGAUUCAAGACCAUGUAAUCAUAAAGAGAAGAGUAACUAUUGUGUUAGUGUCUCUGCAUCAAUUAGAGUCUCAUUCAUUUCUUUGGAACAAAGUGGAAAACUAUAUUAUUUGGAAAAUUGUGAAUUUGUCCUACGUUUGUUUGAAAUUAUAGAUCAUGCUUCUCAUUUUUUUUUUUUUAAAAACUAUGUCCUUUAAAAAACACUGGAAAUUCUGUAUUAUAUACAACUGUAAUACAUGCAUAACAAUAGAAAGAAUAAAUGGAAUUUCAAAUAUACUAACUAGAUUAUCCCCAGUAGAUUAAUGUUGUAACUACGCAGAAAAGGUAAAUAAAAUUGGGAUAUAAAAUGGACUCUUUCAUAAGUAC